UAACACCACGUGUUCGUUUAAGAAGCGUCUGAGAUUUCGUGAGCGGGUUUUGUCGAAUACUUCGGGCAGCAAUAUACUUCAGUAGUUUGUUUUCGCGAAUAUCUCGUGAUAAAAAUGUGGGAGAACGUACCUGAUUUUCUGGAGCUAUUCAGGAACUUUCCUGUUUCCAUAUCAGUUCUGUUUGUGGUACCAAUAGUUCUACUGAGUGGCCCCGCUUCACCUGUUAUGGCCGCGCACGAGUUUCCAGUAUUCAGAAUGCAACAAUUUGACCUUCACCAAACUCAAAGCGGAUCUCGCAGCUCACUGGUAAACAUGGAAGCACGACCCCUGACCUCUGAUAUGUUGACAAGACGCUGUGUGGUAACAAGGCUAUCAGAUCUCACCAUUGAUAAAUUUAAGGAUGCUGUACAAACCCUUGGGGCAGGGGCAGUACUGAUUCUGCUCCCAAAAAAUACAUCUGUGGCUUCCCUUGAACAGUUGGAGGAGUGGCAGCAACUGGAGAGAGAUCUUCUGACUGUUGAAGUUCCAGUGGCUGUAUAUUUUGCUUAUGAAGACAAAGAGUUAUCAAAAAUUUAUGAUGAUAUCAAAACAGCUGUGACCAGUGACCAGGCUGGUUCAGCAUUUGAAGCUUUACUUGGAGUUGCAUCAGCUAGUGGAUACCAAAUGGUCGUGAAUGUUGGAGAAGCCAAACAGAUUAAAGAUGCAGCUAUUACAAGUUUACAGGGGAAGUUGUCAGGAAUGGGAAUUGAUGAACAACUACCCACUAUUGCUGUUGUAGCUCACUAUGAUGCCUUUGGCAUAGCACCGAGUAUUUCUUUUGGAUCAGAUGAUAAUGGUAGUGGAGUUGUGGCUCUUUUGGAAUUGGCAAGAUUGUUUUCAAGAUUGUAUGCAGAUCCUAGAAUGCAAGCAAGAUAUAAUUUGGUGUUCUUUCUGUCUGGUGGAGGAAAAUUCAAUUAUCAAGGGACAAAAAGAUGGCUUGAAGACAAUCUGGAUAACCCAGAAACAAGUGUACUCAGUGAUGUGGACUAUGUGUUAUGUCUGGAUAGCAUUGGGAAGACAGAUCAUAUGUUUUUACAUGUUUCCAAACCUCCUAAAGAAGGAACUCCUGCAUUUUCUUUAGUAGAGGAAUUUAAAAUGGUCGCAAAAGAAAUAUUCAAGGACCUCAACUUUACUAUGGUCCACAAGAAAAUUAACUUGGCAGAGGAGACAUUGUCAUGGGAACAUGAAAGAUUUUCUCUGCACACACAGCGUCUUCCAGCUGGUACAUUAUCUCAUUUGGAGGACCCACAAGUUUUAGGAAGGUCAUCAAUCUUUGAUGUUAGAUCUUCUGAGAAUGAUGGGAAAUUAGAGCGCAAUGUAGAGUAUAUUGCUGAAGUUCUGGCCAGACAUGUUUUUAAUUUAACAACAAAGGGUUAUCCAGAGAAUAUGAGAGUGUUCAGUGCUUCAAUGGCUGUAGAUUCACAUUUUGUGAAAACAUGGAUGGAUUAUCUUGGAUCCCAAGCACGGGCAGCUCAGCUUUUUCAUAAAGACCAUCCAUUUCUUACUGGAUUAGAGCAGACUUUCUCAAAAUUUGUCAAAGAUGUUAAGAGAUUCUCAGCAAAAGCUGAUAAAAGGGACCCCGAGUUUGUCUUUUAUGACCGGCCUGAUGCAACGAUGUUUGCGUACAGGGUGAAGCCAGCCGUCUUUGAUUUGUUUCUAGCACUUGGCAUUGCAUCAUAUCUGGGAAUGUUCUAUCUUGCUCUUGUGAACUUCAACAUUUUAACUGAAAUCCUUCCAAGACCUGUGUCAAACAUGAAGGCCAAACAACCUUGAUCAAAGUAAGCAGGACUGGAGAUAUAAGAGCCUUUUUUUCAUUAGUGGAUUAUUUCAGACACGUGAUGUUUCAUAAUAUUGAUCAGAGGUCAAGAAAUGUUGUUGAAUUGUAUUGUAUUGUAUCGUAUUUUACUAUUUUACAGCCUAGGAAAGACAUUAAAUCAUUCCGAUCAAAGUCUUACCUAUGUUCUCUUUUCAAACUGGCAUAUGGGCAUAUUGAGCAUUGCCAUGGACAGUAAAAGAGUCAAGCCAUAUCCAUUUGGUGGUAGACAUGGCAAGCAAAGCAAAAGAAAAUAAAAAUUGGAAAAGCUUUUUACCUUCAAAAAGUAUCGGUUUACUUUGGAGUGUGAAGGAAGCAGGGUAUGGAGGGAAAUAUUCUUUCCUGAGGCUUAUUCUCAAAGUGACAUGAAAGAUUUGCAUAGUGGUUUGAUUCACAAGCUUGUGUUUGAUGCCCAGUCAUUCCAGGGGACUUUUAGUAUGGGAAAGCAAAAUAAUGGCCACUUCUCCCUUUUUUGUGGUUUUGGUUUUGUUCUUGAUUAUUUUGCUUUUUGUACAGUAUCCAAGUAAUACAAUGGUUCGUGCACAGCUGGAUUCAAAAGGCCCUAUUUUGACAAUUAAGUGUGGCAAGGAUCAUUGUGUAGUACUUGAAGCAAGACACUUUUCUCACCUUGCUUCUUUCUACUCAAGGCCAGGUUUUACCAAACCUCGUUUCACUAAUUUGGGAUUUGACACGCAAGGGGACGAGUAUGGUUAGGGUGGGGCACUGGCAUGCCAUCUUAGUAUGUUUUGUUUCUAUGGAAACUGAAAAUAAGCCCCCUUAGUAUAUGGGCCACUUGGCACAUAUGCAAUAUGAAUUUUCUUUCUUUAAGAAAUGUACUCUCAUCUCAGAUACCUGAUCGUAACAAGGUUUAAAGACUUGGUGACAAACAUCGAUGAAUCUGAAAUUUCUAGCUUGUUGUUUUAGACAUGUUCUCCCUUAUGUCCACUUCCUGUUUUCUUCACCUCACCUCCAUACAAUGAAAGAAAUAGUAAGUUUGUUUACUGGCCAUUGAGCUAAUUUUCAUGUACACAUUUAUGAUUGGUUUAUGCGGCUUU